AUGCCCUUCAUUUUAGCCAUUUUUAGAAAAUUCAACCCUCCUCCUCUGCCUCUGAUGGGAAACUGCGCAUCCCCUCCGGCGAACCGGCGCAGGAUAAGCCAACCAUCCGCGACGGUGAAGGUGAUUCACGUAGAUGGGACGCUGCAGGAAUUCGACCAGCCAAUCAAGGCGGGCCACGUGACAGCCCAGAACCCCAGCUGCUUCCUCUGCAGCUCGGAAUCCAUGCACCUCGGUUCGCACUUGCCGCGCGUGGGGGAAGACGAGGAGCUGCAGCUCGGCCAAUUCUACUUCCUCAUGCCCCACGAAAUUUCCCAAAAUGCCCUCUCUCUCCCUCAAUUGUGCGAGCUCGCCGUCAAGGUCAGUGCUGUCCUCAGCAAACACGCAGGCCUCCUCUCCAAAAACGCGUCAUGUUCCCGGCGUGCAUGGAGUCAGAUUCCCGGCAGGUUCCCGGCGGUGAUGUAA